GUUAAAAUUUGAACACGGACGGAGAAAAAGCGUGUUGAGAAAGUCAACGAAAUUUGAUUUGGUGUUUAGUUAGUCGGGUCCCUACAGCAUUCCUACUUUUCGAAUAACACUGCCACAUGUUGCUGUUUAUGCUGUAGAGUAACCUAAAAAAGUGGUUACUAUGGCUUCUGAUGGGAAUGAAUGGGAGCUGAGUAAAGAGAACGUGCAGCCUCUUCGGCAGGGGCGAGUUAUGGCUACCUUGCAAGAAGCUCUGGCUCAGCAGGAUGUUUCAAGCCAUGUGGCUAUCCAGCAGCAAAAACGGGAAUUUGAAUCUGAAAUUCGUUUUUACUGUGGAGAUGAUCCUCUGGAUGUUUGGGACAGGUAUAUCAAAUGGACAGAACAGACCUUUCCUCAAGGAGGUAAAGAGAGCAACCUUUCUGCUGUGUUGGAGAGAGCUGUAAAAGCACUGAGUGAGCAGCAGAGGUAUUACCAAGACCCCCGGUACCUCAGUCUCUGGCUUAAAUUUGGGAACUGCUGUAGUGAACCUCUGGACCUAUAUAGCUAUCUGCACAGCCAGGUGAUAGGCACAUCUCUGGCACAGCUUUAUAUUACUUGGGCAGAGGAACUUGAGGCAAGAGGGAACUACAAGAAAGCUGACUUGAUAUUCCAGGAUGGUCUGAGGUGUAAAGCUGAACCGUUGGACAAACUGCAGUCCCACCAUAGGCAAUUCCAGGCCCGUGCAUCUAGGCAGGCCAUAGAAGAUCUUGAAGAAGACUAUGAAGAGGAAUCGAGUCUUUCUGCUUCUGAACCCCAAAGAACAACACUGGCAGAACUGAAAGGAAGAGGAAAGAAAACAGGGAGAGCCCCAAUCAGCCGUGUAGGAAAUGCUGUGAAGUUCCCAAGCCAAGGAGCAAGACUCCAGAAUCCAGCAUCUCAACAAGUCUCGAAUUGCCCGAAGUUUGCUGUAUUUGAUGAAAAUAAAGUAGUGGCUUCUAGAACUGAGGUUCCAGUGCUUGUACCACAGCCGUGGGCAGCUCCUCCAACAAUAAAGGCGAAGGAGAAUGAAUUGCAGGCAGGACCUUGGAACAUGGGGAGGCAUCCUCGGAGCAACAUGAACUCCAGCACUGUAGCUCCUGCUGCACUCCCUAAUUUUACUCCAUAUGUUGAAGAGUCAGCACAACAACAAACAAUGACUCCCUGUAAAAUAGAGUCUAGCUUAAACUGUGUAUUAAGUGCUCGAAAACCAGGGAAAGAAGACGAUCCAUUACGUCGUGUGCAAAAUCAUCAGCAGGAUAGUCAAGAAAAGAAGGAACAGCCAAUGUAUUGUAAAGAGAGAGUAUAUGCUGGUGUUGAGGAGUUCUCCUUGGAGGAAAUCAGAGCUGAAAUCUACAGGAAAAAAGCAAAAAAAAAAAGGGAAGAAGAGCUACAGACAAUAGCACAGAAGAAAGCUGAAUUACAAAGGAAAAUUGAAGAGAUGGAGAAGAUGGUGAGAGAGCAACCAGUUAACCAUGAUCAGAAGCCAUAUGGACAGCAAAUAGAGGAACAGAUGCUUGUUGAUGUGACUUCUGAUGUGCCAGGAGUUCUGAAGCGUCCUAUGACACAAAGACAAACCUCCCUGACAGAUACUACGGCAUUUGUUGAAAGGCCUCUUUUGGAUUGUUUCUCCUUGAAAAGCCGUUUUGAACAGGAUGGACACAGAAAGUCAAGCUCCAGUGAUUCUGAGAUGCCUCCUUCAGUGAUUCCUUCAGUGCCCUUCUCCAUAUUUGAUGAGUCCUCUCUUGUAGAAAACCAGAAUGUCAGUCUUCCUACAGGGCCACCUCUGGUAUGCACCAAACGUCCUCUUGCUGUUCGCAAAUCUUCAGAGGGUAUUGCUGCUAAGGAAAACAUACCACCUGAGAAUCCUGAUGAGCUUCAUGGAAUUGAACCUCUGAGUGAAGAUCCAAUUGUUACAGAAUGGUAUAGAAACAAAACGCUCUGCCCCAGCCCAGAAGACACUUGUGACUUUGUUACGGCUGCCCAUGUUGCUUCAACACCUUUCCAUGGAGUAAUCGAACAGAGAAGUCUACUUGACGAGUCAAAGGAAACAUGCCCAGAACCUCAGGCAGCAUCUCUGAGCCACUGUACAAUUGUUAAUGAGGAUCAGUAUGCUGAGGCUCUGUGUGUAAAAAAGCUGAGUCCAAUUAUGGAAGCAAGCCAGGAAGAUACUAGGUCUUCUGCAUCUUCAUCUUCCCCUACACAAAUCUCCAUCAAUAAAUUUCAGCAAAUCCCAGAGAAGUUGGAAUUGGCUCAGAGCUGCACCGAUGAACUUGUCAGUGAUGCUGAAAAUUCCUCUAGCAACUCUGCUGAGAGACUGCAGUAUACAGAACAACGCAAACAGCUCUUGCAGCCUCUUCAAGACUUUCUGACAAAGACUCCUUACUUUAAAUUGGAGCCUCAGCCUAUGCCUUGGGUGGAAUUAGAAAAAGAAGUUGAUAUAGGCAAUGAAACUUACAGUGUCACUCGUGAGUAUGUUAUCAGCGAAGACGACAAGAUGUUCUUUGCUGUGUUAACCAUCUUUCCUCCUGAGACCUCAAAGGCAUUUUUAAUAAAGGUGCACUCUGAACCUGUGCCUUGGGACUUUUACAUUACGCUGCGACUGCAAGAACGACUAGAUGCUGGGUUUGAUCAGAGCUUCAGUGAUAGCUGCACUUGUUUCUUGUACAACAAUGGCUGUGUGACCCUGCAUAAGGACAUAAACCGCUUUACUCUUCAGGAUAUGAUCCAGCAAUGUAAAGUUAUUCCGCAAGAAGUGGUCUUGCUGAUUGUUGACAAUCUCCUAGAUGUGGUGGCUAAGCUGCAUACAGCAGAAAUAGUUCAUGGAAACCUGCAGCCAGCAACGUUAUUCUUGGGAGACAGAAUCUGUGAUUCCUUUGCCAAUGCUGAGAAUGCCAGUGCUCUGAAGGUGGUAGAUUUCUCUCACAGCCUAGACUUGAAGCUACAGUCAAGAAUGAAUUUGCCAAAAGGCCUUCCAAUAGCUCAGACACAAGCUGGGCAACAGAUUCUAGAUGAAAAAUAUCUUCCUUACCAGGUGGACCUGAUUGGCAUUGCAAAUAUACUCCACUUCAUGCUGUUUGGGGAAUGCUUGCAAGUUCAUCAGGAAGAAGGCUACUGGAAGACUGACAGAGAUGUAUCCCAGUCUGUUGACAGUGACCUGUGGAGUAUGUUUUUUGUGCAAAUUCUGAAUGCAGAUGGUAAGUCUACUGUCUCUCUGCUAAGAGAGCUAAGAGAGGAACUGAGAGGUGCAUUUGACAGCUCAUUCCCAGGACGCGUCUCUGAGUCCUUGGCAAAGCUGGAAAACCUUUUCAACACAGAGAAUAUCUUCUGACAUAGAUCAAUCAUGAUGUCUUUGACUCUUCUUCCCUGCCUCAAUCUUAAGCCAUGGGACUCCAUGCUUUUUUUUCACUUCUGUGUAUAUAUGGAAUUGGUAUGACUCUCACAAUCCCUUCUUCAUAUCUUAUUUUAAAAAUGCUUGCUGGUACCUUAACUCUAUGUACUGUCAAUAUCUGUUCUCACUGAACCCCUGUUCAAUUAAACCUUCAUAUUAUAGUUGUUGAAUGUUCAGUAUUGAUCACUCUCUGAUACUGAGUUCAAUGUUCAAUAAAAGUUUUGUAAUCACCUGUAACCUAGGUUCUAAGACUGAUUUUGAAUAACGACGUUUCUGUAGCCACAUUUAGCUCUUGCUGUAAUUUUUGGAUUGCCAUUUUCUUUUGAAAAGGCAUGCCAGCUAAAAAUGUGCCUGGGACCUAGGAAGAAAUACAAGAAUGUGAAUAUCAUGCCUAAGAUGACAGGUAAGGUAUCAGAGGAGUAGAUAACUGCCAAGAUUGUUGCCCCUCACCCAAAGCAUGUGU